UUCCUGUUGAACUUUUCCAGUCGCUUCUGGAGCUGCGCGGACGAGGUCCACCAUGGCCCAGCAGCAGCAGCAGGAGUUCCAGCAGAGCCUGGAGGAAGCUCUGUCCUGGAUGAGGGCCGUCCAGGACCGGCUGAGGGCCAACGACAACACGCAGGGGCCCCGGGACGCCCUGGAGGCCCGGCUCCGGGAGACCGAGAAGAUCCAGCACUCGGAGUACGAGGGCCGGCUGAAGAUGGAGGCGGCUCUGCUGGCGGCCGAGAGUCUCCUGCAGGACGAGGACGAGGAGCUGAAGAGCAGCACUCACCUGCAGCUCCGGGACCUGAAGACGCUGUGGGAGGAGACGGGAACCUACAUCGUCCACUGCCACAGCCGUAUCGAGUGGGUGUGGCUGCACUGGUCUGAGUUCCUGAAGGCGUGCGAGGAGCUGCAGCUGUGGCUGGUCCGGCAGCGCCGCGGCCUGGACGCCGGGCCGGAGCUGCAGCCGGGCCUGCGGGAGAAGCUGUGGCAGCUGGACCAGCAGCGCGUGGCCGUCAGCGACGUGCACGGCCAGGCGGCGCUGCUGGAGCGGCUGCUGGACGAGGCGGCGGCGCUGCACAACCGGACCCAGGACCCCAGUCUGGACCCGCAGGCCCAGGAGAGGCUGAGGGAGGACUACAACGAGGUCCGGGACCGGGCCGAGGAACGCCUGGCUCUGCUGCAGAAGGUCAGCGAGGAGCACCAGCAGUUCCAGACCGGCGUCCAGAGGUUCCAGUCCUGGUUACUGACCAAGACCAGGGAGCUGACGGAGUUGAUGGAGCAGGAGGAGCCGGCUGAGAGCAAGCUGCACGCCCUGCAGGUGCUGGACGAGGCCGUGGCCUGUGAGGAGAAGACUCUGCAGCAGCUGGAGUUGGUGGCGGACGGCGUGCGGUCGUCCUCGUCCCCUCUGGGCGCGGCGGCGGCGCAGGAGGAGGCGGAGGAGCUGCGUCUGGGCUGGCAGCGGCUGCGCCAGGGCCUGGCCGAGGCGGGCGAGGGGCUGCGGGGACGCCUGGACGCUCACGGCCAGUACCUGGACCGCUGCCGGAGGCUCGGGGACGACAUCGGCCGGCUCAGGGGACUCCUGCAGGGGCUGGACCGGGAGCUGGGGGGGACCCGGGACACCCGGGAGAACAGGGACCAGGAGAACCGGGACGGGACCCCAGACCCCUCCGAGGAUCAGAUGGUCGGCCGCUGGAGGAAAUACACGGGCGUCAGGAACACUCUGGUACUAGAGGAGUCUCAGGUGGAGCAGCUCAAGUCUCAGCUGAAGGAUCUGUUCAGGUUCUCCGGAGAUUCCCGUCACCUGUCGGACGACGUGCUGGCCGUGGUUCGAGAACACCAGAGUGUGAAGUGCAGGGCGACCCGGCUGGUGUCGGAGUCUGAACUGGGCCUGAGGAGUUUCCUGCAGGAUCCUCUGCUGCUCUACGGCCAGUGGAGCCACGCCGUCGCCACGGCGAUGGAGGGAUCGGCCAACGUCAACGACUUCUGCCACAUCGCCCUGCAGCUGCAGAGGAUCCAGGGCCUGCUGGAGGACGGCUCCCGCCUGCAGGAGCGUCUGGCUCUGCUGCAGGUGAAGGGCGAGCUGCUGGACUCCGUGUUCGGCCCGGAUCGGUCCGACGGGCUCCAGGGGGAGCUGAGUUCUGCCGUCCGGAACCGGGAGCUGCUGCAGGAGCAGCUGCUGCAGAGGAAGAGCCGGCUGCAGGGCCUGAUUUCACGAACCAAAGACUUCGACGAGGCUUACGGGUCGAUCAGAACCACGCUGGCCGGUUUCAGGGAGAGACUGCAGGCCAUCGACGUCCCACAGCCCGACAUCCUGGCCAAGAAGAGCCGGCUGGACCAGCUGAUGGUGGUCCACAAGGACCUGGAGGACCUGGAAUCUCACAUCGUUGCCAUGGAGACGCUGGUUUCCAGCAGUCAGAGCAACAGGAGUCGGUUGGAGAAGCUCCACGGGGACUGGACGGAUCUGCACCGGACGGUGACGGCCAAGGCCAUAGAGAGCGAGGACGCCGUCUGCGACCACGAGUGUUUCCACGGCAACCUGCUGGGCGUGGAGAAGUGGAUGAUGGUGAUGAGGCAGAAGCUGGAGUCGUUCAGCAGCCCGGCGGGCGGCUGGAGCGUGGAGGGCCGACGCCACGAGGCCGAGAGGGCGCUGGGCGAGUUCCCGGAGAAGGAGCAGCAGCUGCAGCAGACGGAGGUCCAGGCUCAGCUGGUUCUGGCCCAGACGGCGGCCGACGGACAAGUCCACAUCCUGAGAGACCUGGAGAGACUCCGGGACCUGUGGGUGGACCUGUACGACACCAGCCUCAACCUGCACAGGCUGCUGAGCGGCUCCACGGAGGUGGAUUCUGGAUCAUUCAGCGGUGAGCCGGAACCAGAACCAGAACCAGACCUGGUCCCAGCAGUCCGGGGAUGUGGGCUCGGUCUCGAAGCCAAAGACGGUUCCGUGUUUGGUGAGGGACGAGGAGAGGCCAGCAUGUAUGCAGGAUCAGGACCAGGACCAGGAUCAGGACCAGGAUCAGGAUCAGAACCAGGACCAGAACCAGGACCAGGAUCAGAACCAGGACCAGGAGCAGGACCAGGAUCAGGAUCAGGAGUGUCCAACGUCUUCAUGAAGUCUUCAGCUUCACCCUCCACGGUUCUGCAGGGCAGAAAAGGGUCCAGGUGGAACCAGUUUGAGGACUGGCUGUCCAGAGAGAACCAGAUCCUGUCAGGUGUUAUCAACGUGAAGGAGGCGGAGCUGAGCGACGCGACGGUCAAGACGCGACAGGAAACUCUGCAGGGUCUCCGGUCCAGGGUGUCCUGGGGUCAGGACCAGUUCCAGCUGCUGCUCCAGGAGAGCGCCGACGGUCCGACUGAUCCCGGUCUGGCUGGUCCCGGUCUGGCUGGUCCCGGUCCAGCUGGUCCCGGUCCAGCUGAGGACGUGUCUCUGGAGGAGCUUCGCUACCGCUGGAUGCUCUACAAGUCCAAGCUGAAGGACGUGGUCGACAUCAGGGCCAGACGCAGGACCAGGACGAAGCAGAAACUCCCAGCCUUUCAGGACGAGCUAGCCGCCAAACCAAAGCCUCAGAAGGAAGCCGGGCUGCUGCAGCGGGUGUGUCGUCUGGCGCUGCUGUUCUGGCUGCUGCUGCUAGCGCUGCUGCUGCUCUCCUUCCUGCUGCCGCUGAUGGACGACGGAACCAGCUGCUCGCUGGCCAACAACUUCGCCCGCUCCUUCAGCGUCAUGCUGCGCUACGACGGCCCGCCUCCCACGUAGCCGCGCUACGACAGCCCGCCGCCCACGUAGCCGCGCUACGACGGCCCGCCGCCCACGUAGCCCCGCUACGACGGCCCGCCGCCCACGUAGCCGCGCUACGAUGGCCCGCCGCCCACGUAGCCAAGCUACGACGGCCGCCGCCCACGUAGCCGCGCUACGACGGCCCGCCGCCCACGUAGCCAAGCUACGACGGCCCGCCAACACCAAACUUUCUAAAUAAAAGCUUUAAUUGAUAGGACAUUGAUAGGAAAGCCAGAAACACGCCUCACACUCCACUCCGCCCUCUGUAGGCGUGUUGCCAUAGCAACCUCCGCCCUCUGUAGCCGUGUUGCCAUAGCAACCUGCGUCUCAGCGCUGCGCUUAUUUAUCUCUAUGCAAAAGUCAAAAGCUUGAAUUGCGGCAGGAAAAAAGUUUCAGAUGAAGUUUGACGUGGCUUUUUUUGUUUUUAUGUUCAUGUUAUUCUUGUUAAACUCAUUAAAUCAUCUGAUCCGCUGUUUCCGGUGUUUUCUGGUCUAGGCAGGUCUGGUCCGGUCCGGCCCGCGGCAGAAACACUGUUGUUUCCAUGGUAACGUCCUCAGACGACAGUGUUAAUACCGCCGCAACACCAAACUUUCAAAAUAUAAGCUUUAAUCGAUAGUACAUUGAUAGCACAGCCAGAAACACGCCACACACUCCGCGUGGUUGCCAUGGCAACCGCCGCCCUCUGUAGGCGUGUUGUCAUGGCAACCUCCGUCUCGGCGCAGCGCUAAGUUUAUCUCUAUGCAAAAGUCGGAAGCUUGAAUUCCGGCAGGAAAAAAGUUCAGAUGAAGUUUGACGUGACUCUUUUGUUUUUAUGUUCAUGUUACUCUUGUUUGUUAAACUCAUUAAAUCAUCUGAUCCGC